GGGGCCAGUUUGAACCAGAGUCCCGCCGCAGAGGAGUGUCAGGUUCCCCAAACUAAGCUAAGCUAAGCUAGGCUAGGCUAAUCUAAGCUAAGCUAGGCUAGGCCUCCAUCAUGACGCACUGACCCGCCGUCGUGUUCCCGUCAUGGAGGCAGCGGAGGCCGCGAAGAGGAGGCUGACUGCGGGGAGGAAGAGGAGGAGCAGCCGGGUGACUCUGGAGAAAGUUUUGGGUAUCAGCACAACCAGCAGCAGCGGUUUGACCUCUGACCCCAGAUCUGGGCUCAUUGCCUACCCAGCAGGGUGUGUCAUCGUGCUGCUGCACCCGAAGAAGAACAAACAGAGUCACAUCAUCAACACGUCCAGGAAGCCCUUCAGCGCUCUGGCCUUCUCCCAUGAUGGUAAACACCUGGUCACUGGAGAGAGCGGUCACAUGCCCUGUGUGCGUGUGUGGGAGCUGGACGGAGGUCAGGUGGCCGAGGUUCAGUCUCAUAAAUACGGGGUUUCCUGCGUGGCGUUCUCCUCCAACAGCUGCUACAUCGUCUCUGUGGGAUACCAGCACGACAUGACUGUCAGUGUGUGGGACUGGAGGAAAGGUGCGAUCAUCGCCUCCAACAAAGUGUCCAGCAGAGUGUCGGCCGUCUCCUUCUGUCAGGACAACAGCUACUUCGUCACCGCGGGAAACCGACACGUCAAGUUCUGGUACCUGGACGCCUCCAAAGAACGACGGGUGAACAGCACGGUGCCUCUGAUUGGUCGGUCAGGGUUGCUAGGAGACCAUAAGAACAGUGUGUUCAGCGGUGUGGCGUGUGGGCGUGGCCUCAUGGCGUCCAGCACCUACUGCAUCACCAGCUCAGGUCUGCUGUGUCUGUUUAACAGCAGCCGACACCUGGAGGCCUGGGUCAACCUCAAGACGUCGUCGGCGAGCUGCCUGGCGGUCAGUGAGGACUUUAUCUUCUGUGGUUGUGCUGACGGAGCCAUCAGAGUGUUCAGUCCGUCCAACCUUCAGUACGUCACCACGCUGCACCGCCCGCACCGCCUGGGGGUCGACCUCACGCAGAGCGCGCAGUACAGCAGCCUGUUACCGGCCAGUCCUGGUGCUCAGUACCCCGACACGCUGGCCGUGACCUUUGACCCCGCGGCCCGACACCUGACGAGUGUGUACAACGACCACAGUGUGUAUGUGUGGGACGUCAGAGACGUGAGGAACGUGGGGAAGCUGUACUCGGCUCUGUACCACAGCAGCUGUGUGUGGAGCGUCGAGGUGUAUCCGGAGCUUUCAGAUGUGUCUCAGGCUUGUCUUCCUCCGUCCUCCUUCCUCACCUGUUCAUCUGAUAACACCGUCAGACUCUGGCACACCGACCCCCCCACCGGACCCAGAAACCUCUACAGCAACGACCUGCAGAGGAUUCUGUAUGUGGGGGAGAACAUGCAGCACCUGCAGGCCGAGGGGGAGAGGGGGGAGGCAGCCGGGGCUGAUGGGAAGUCUGGCAUCAGAGUGCUGAGUAUCAGUCCUGAUGGACAACACCUGGCAGCAGGAGACCGCUGUGGAAACCUGCGUAUCUUCGGUCUGGAGUUCCUGGACGAGCUGGUGAAGAUCGAGGCUCACGACUCGGAGGUGUUGUGUCUGGAGUUCUCUCCCACAUCCACAGGUGUGAAGCUGUUGGCGUCGGCCAGCAGAGACCGACUGAUCCACAUCUUCAACCUGGAGAAGAACUACAGUCUGGAACAGACGCUCAACGACCACUCGGCCUCCAUCACCGCCGUCAAGUUCACCGGUGAGAGUCCGGAGGUUCGGAUGGUGAGCUGUGGAGCCGACAAGAGCAUCUACUUCCAGACGGCUGAGCAGACAUCAGAGGGUCGGUGGUUCUCCAGGAGUCACCACGUGGUGGAGAAGACGACUCUGUACGACAUGGACCUGGACCCAUCGAGGACCCACGUCUCCAUCGCCUGUCAGGACAGAAACGUCAGGGUUUACAACGUGGAAACGGGGAAGCUUAAAAGGUGUUUGAAGGGUUCGACCAGUGAUGAAGGAGCUCUGCUGAAGGUUCAGAUGGAUCCGUCCGGCUCGUUCUUCGCCACCAGCUGCUCCGAUAAAAACAUCACCAUCUUUGACUACGAGUCUGGAGAGUGUGUCGCCACCCUGUUCGGACACUCCGAGAUCGUCACCUGUAUGAGGUUCAGUCAGGACUGCAGACACCUCAUCACCGUGUCUGGAGACAGCUGUGUGUUUGUGUGGCGGUUGGACUCUCAGAUGACCAGCACCAUGAGGAAGAGGCGGGGCCUUAAAAAGACAGCCGCACCUGAAACCUGCAGACACAAACAGCAGAACAUCAGGAGGGAGACCUUCAUUGCUGGACCCUCCUCUCAGCUGCCUCAGACGGAGGAAGACCAGGAGGAAGAGGCUGACCUCGGGACUCCAGACAGACUGGACUCUGCUCAGGACGCUCAGCUGCUUCAGACCAACGGGAAACUGCCCAUGUGGUUCAGAAAACUGCAGGGUCAGGGCGGAGACUCCUCUGCCGUCCAAUCAGCCGCUGAGCCUCGUCAGGUGAGGAGCCGGUGGGCGGAGCAGCUGAACACUCUGACCAUCUGCUCCAACUUAUCCCCGAGUCCCACCAGGAGUCAGGAGGAAGAGGAGGAGCAGAGAGAGGAGGAGGAGGGGGAGGAGGAGGGAGACUUCCACCCUCAGAGUCUGGAGAGUCUGCUGGUAGAGGAGGAGGAGGAUGAGGAAGAUGGAGAGGAGGAGGAGGAGAAGGAGGUGCUCCAGAAUCCAGGUGACCCCAGCAGCAGCUACAUCCUCUACCCAGACAACACCUCCACCACGGACAGGGAGUUUGACGUGGAGGCUGUGACCGACCCUCGGCAGUGCACCGCCCAGCUGGAGGUCAAAGGUCAGAGGGUGGAGCCCGUGUGGAGCACCCAGCUGAGUCCAGACUCCGCCUGCUCAGAAGGCUCAGCGGGAAGUGUGGAGCAGCAGCAGGACGCGGACACGGACUCCCUCAGUCAGGGAAGUUCUGCGGGCAGUCUGGUUCUGGAGGACGACGAGGACCGGAACUCCCUGAAGAACCACUUUGAUACUUUGGCCUCCAGUCUGAGCGACGAGAAGUUUGACACGGACCUCGGGACUCUGCAGCCUCUGGAUGAAAAACACUACCUGAACCCUCGACUCAGCAUCUCCACCCGCUUCCUGUCCCGCUUCCAGGACCGGAUCAAGGCAUGGCCGAGCCGAGCUCCGCCCCCUGUCUCAAUCCCGACCAGAAUCUCCGAGGAGAGCGACGUCAGCAACACAUCGGAGAACUCUGAGUUUAGCAGCGAAGUCGCCUCAACCGAGUCGACUCUGAAAGAAAACAACGACAGCAGCAGUGUGAGAUGCAGCCUGUCAGUCCUUCGUCGUAGAUCUUCCUGCAUGUUUUCCCAUCAGCCCCGUCGCCGCCCGACGCGCCGACGACACACUAUGGUGGUCGUCCAGUGCAGAGAAACGCUGCGAGACGUCACCUCCAGGACUCCGCUGACCCAAAACAGCUGCGUGGCGUCUGUGGUCCAGCAGGGGGCGUCUCGGCUCGGAUACCUGGGAACCACAGCCAGCUCCAGGGCCAAACUGAGCCAGGACCCCCCCACCUCCACCCAGGAGGAGGAGGACGAAGAGAAGGAGAACCUGUCCACCUCCUCAGACCUCCAGCCUCAGGCCCUCCUGCUGUCUGCUGGUCUGGAGCUCCUCAGCACCAAACCAGACCCCCAUCAGGUCCAGACCAGCAGUGUCACUAUGUCGUCUCCGCGUCACGUACCUGCAGCGAGCCCUCAGGUGUUAACCACGCCCACCGAUGUGAUGUCACAGGGCGGAGUCAGGAGGUUCAGCAUGAGCAGCGUCGAGGAGACUUUGACAAAUCAGAACCAAACCCUCAUCCUCAGCCCCUCCACCUCCAUCACCCCCACAGCCACGCCCACCGCCUGUGACAUCAUCACCUCUGACAUCACCAGCUGCUCCGCCUCCAGGAAGGAGGAGGGGCCAGGAGGAUCCGAGACCAGGAUCCGGACUGAUCCAGUCUCAGACCCGUCUUUGGGAGCUGAGUCGGUCUCCUCUGACCCGCCCAUCUCCUCCUCCUCUCCUCUGUCAGAAAAGCCCCGCCCCCCUCAGACAGGUUCAGGUGGUGAUGAUGAUGAUGAUGAAGAGGCGGUCACUCUUCAACAAUGUCAGCAGGUCGCCAACGAGCUGAGACAGACGGCGAGACGAGCCGUCCACUUCUACCAACAGCUCGGUGCGUCUGUCGGCGGUUCAGAGCGGCGUCUCCAGAUGUCCUCCGUCCUGCAGGGUGCGUUUGAUGUCGUUCACUCUGAGCUGCAGGCGGUGCUGCGGGGGGGUGACGUCCCCCCCGCAGCACUGGAGGACGAACAGACGACGUCUCUGCUGGAGAAAUACUCUGAGCUGCUGCUUCAGAUGACCCAGAACAAACUGAACCGGAUCUGAUCCAGGACCAGUCUGCUGUCGGUACGAGGCUGAGAGAGGACAACACUCACUUUAACACCAGCUGAGAGACUCGGAGCAGGUUUCACUCAGCUGGUUUUAUCAGUAUUACAUUUAAGAAGCACCUUAUGUUUCAUUAGUGUUUGAAAUCACCGUCACUGUUUGUACAUAAACUGUAGUUUUAUAUGUUUCUUAAUAAUAAAUGAUCAAUGU